CUUGCUUGGAUAUAUAUGGGAAAGAGGGACCCCCAAGCGCUCAAAAUUCCCUCACCACCCAAAGCCCUGUUUCACCAGGAGAGGUUUGCUGACUGAAACGCCACAAUGAAGGUCCUCCUCAGCCUAAUGGCCUUGUGCAUCACCCUUGGUCUCUGUCAUGGAGCCUGCUUCUUGGCAAGAAAUACAGUUGCGUUUGUUGAUGGUAAAAUGAUGCUUCCAGACGGAUGCACUGACCUAUACGAUGGGACAAAGCAUCCCUUUGGGGAUGUGUGGAAUUCAUCACGUUGCAUGAGGUGCUCCUGUGGAAGGACAGAAAUGCAGUGCUGUACCAGGGGCGUUGAAGUAAGAGAAGGAUGCAGAUCGAUACUGGAUAUGGAAACAUGUUCCUAUAAGUUCUAUAAGAUUGAUGAUCCCACAACACCAUGUAACUUCUGACCAUCUGAAAAAUACUUAACCCCAUUCUUUUCAUGUGGGAAACUGAAUAAAGUUGUCCUUUCCACA